AUGUUCCCACGAAGGCGCAGGAAGAAGCACGAGCAGCAGCAGCAGCAUUAUCAGCAGCAGCAGCAGCAGCGGCAUCAGAAGAAGCACGAGCAGCAGCAGCAGCACUAUCAGCAGCAGCAGCAGCAUCAGAAGAAGCACGAGCAGCAGCAGCAGCAUUAUCAGGUGCAGCAGCAGCAGCGGCAUCAGAAGCACGAGCAGCAGCAGCAGCAGUAUCACCAGCAGCAGCAGCAGCACCCGGAGCAGCAGCAGCAGCAGCAUCCGGAGCAGCAGCACGCGCAGCAGCAGCAUCAGCAGCCCAAGGAGCAGCGGGAGCAGCAGCGGCCCGCACGCCCGAGCGCCUCCGCCCAGAACCUAGGGUUUAGGGUUUAG